CACGCCCAAAAUUCCGCUACAUCAUAUACAUAUACAUAAAAGUCGCCCACUCUCCAAAGAGGGAAAGAAAACUCGAUCAGUAUUUGCGUUUUGAUUAACAGUAUAGGAGAAUGGCGGCGGCGGCGGCAACGGUGGUGCCACUGGCGUACCAGAACAACACCUCGACGGCGCCGGAGUGGCUGAACAAAGGGGACAACGCAUGGCAGAUGAUCUCCGCCACCUUAGUGGGCCUGCAGAGCGUCCCGGGCCUCGUCAUCCUCUACGGCAGCAUCGUCAAGAAGAAAUGGGCCGUCAACUCCGCCUUCAUGGCGCUCUACGCCUUCGCCGCCGUCGUCAUCUGCUGGGUCACCUGGGCCUACAAGAUGUCCUUCGGCCACAAACUCCUCCCUUUCUGGGGCCGAGCGGGUCCCGCCCUCGGCCAGAAGUUCCUCCUCCAGCAGGCCGCCCUCCCCGCCACCGUCCACCGCUUCUCCGAUGGCACCGUGGAGACGGGCGAGUCCACUCCGCUCUACCCCAUGGCUUCCAUGGUGUGGUUCCAAGGGGUUUUCGCGGCGAUCGCGCCGGUGUUGGUGGCGGGGUCGCUGCUGGGGAGGAUGAACUUCAGGGCGUGGAUGAUGUUCGUGCCGCUGUGGCUGACAUUCUCAUACACGGUGGGGGCGUUCAGCCUCUGGGGCGGCGGUUUUCUAUUCCACUGGGGUGUCAUGGACUACUCCGGCGGCUAUGUCAUCCAUCUCUCUUCCGGUAUCGCCGGAAUCACCGCCGCUUACUGGGAUAAAAACCACGGGACUAAUAGGGAGUCCGCCCUCUUCUUCUCUUAUUAUGAAAAUUGAGGGUAAAAACACCCAAACUCAGUCUACAAAGAUGUCACAGCCCACCAACAACAACAUACAUAAGAGGCAUCAACAAUAGAGAAGGAAAAUCAGGAUUAUCACCCAAAAAACGCAGCGUCGCACCAGCUGCGAUUACAGAAGAUCCGUAGCUCCGAUCAAUGUGAAACUUGAACAGAUUGAAGCCCUAAGUUUUGGGAACAACCUCUGAAAAUUUCAGCUCAAUCCAACGGUCGGAUCUCCGGCGAUGAUCGAAUUUGUGUGGCUGGUCUGUAAAUUCUGCACCAGCACCUUUCCUCUCUCUAUUCUGUUUUUUUUUCUCUGCUCUGUCCGUAAGCACUGGCUGCACUGCCACUGCCCAGCCCUUUUUUCUCCUUUUCGUUAGUCAACAAAGUAAAGGAAAAACUUUCCU